UCUGAGAGAGAGGUAGAGAGAGAGAGACGGAGAGAGAGAGAGAGCGGUGGAAGGGCGGAGUCCACUGCGUUAGACUCCACCCGUUGUUAGUGCGGUGCUGGCGUGGGCGGGGCGUGCGUGGGCGGGGCGUGGGGCUGCGCGGGCCAAUGGUCGUGGCGGCGGAGCGGGGCGGUGUGUGGCGCGGCCGCUGCCCAAACACUGCUGUAUUUACUCAAGGCGAGGGGCGAGCAGCGCGCUUAUUACUGCCGGCGAGUGAGGUACAAGUACUUUUGCCGAUCACAGAAUUAAACAAGGCCAAGUCAAACCCGCGCCGCACACAUAUGAUUAGGAUAAGUGUUUGAGGCGUGCGUGUGCGUGCGUGUGUGUGCAGGACCCGACACCGCCGCCCCAGCCCUGUGUGUGGGUGUGUGUGUGUGUGCGUGUGUGUGUGGGCGCCUCGCUAGCCGCCACCACCGCCCACCACCACCGCCGCCGCUGCCGCCGUGGUGUGUGUGUGCCGCUGCAGCGCCUCCUCCGCCGCCUCCGCCAGCGCCCCGCACCGAGCCUGCAGACCGUGGCCCCGUGCGGGUGUGUGCGUGCGUGUGAGUGAGUGCGAGUGUGCGUGCGUGUGUGCGUGCGUGUGGCGGCAGCACACCCCCGCCCACACCGCCCACCGCACCGUCAGCAGGACUAUGGACUCCUCCAGCGCCCCCGCCACCGCCGCCGCCGCCCCCAGUGCCCGCCGCCGCCCGGGCCGCGCGCCGCAGUGACCCACUAAGAGAGUGUAGUGCCCGCGCGUGAGUGUUGCGUGCGUGCGUGCGUGCGUGCCGGCAGUGCCGUUGUGCCGGCGCCAUGUUGUCGCAGAAGCUGUACGGGGAGAGCAUGACGCCCAUGACGACGGGCGCGGGCGCCGUGUCGCCCAUGUCGCAGAGCACGUACGGCAUGAACUCCAUGAACUCCAUGAACUCCAUGAUGGGCAUGUCCUCCUACCAGCAGCGCCUGCCGCCCAACAUGGACUUCCCCUCCUCCAUGGGCGGCAUCGGCGCCAUGACCAUGGGCGGCCAGUGCAUGAGCCCCGGCAUGACGGGCAUGGGCGCCUUCCCGCCCAUGAACACGUCCACCAUGCAGCAGAUGAACGGCAUGAGCGGCUGCAUGGGCGGCAUGGGCAGCAUGGGCGGCAUGAACCAGAUGGUGCACGGGUACGGCCGCGAGCUGCAGGAGCCCGACUCGCCCGUGUCCUCGGCGCUGCAGCGGGCGCGGCAGGACAAGACGUACCGCCGCUCGUACACGCACGCCAAGCCGCCGUACUCGUACAUCUCGCUGAUCACCAUGUCCAUCCAGAACGCGCCCAACAAGAUGGUGACGCUCUCGGAGAUCUACCAGUUCAUCAUGGACCUGUUCCCCUACUACCGCCAGAACCAGCAGCGCUGGCAGAACUCCAUCAGGCACUCGCUGUCCUUCAACGACUGCUUCGUCAAGAUCCCGCGCACGCCCGACAAGCCCGGCAAGGGCUCCUUCUGGUCCCUGCACCCAGACUCCGGGAACAUGUUCGAGAACGGGUGUUACCUGCGGCGCCAGAAGCGGUUCAAGUGCGAGAAGAAGGAGCAGCAGCGCCAGACCAAGAGCACCACGCCCACGCCCGGCGGCCACGGCGGCCACGGCGGCGGGCACACGCCCAAGGCCGAGCACGGCCCUGACGACCACGACGGCAAGAUGGACGGCGGCCUGGCCUCGCCGCCCCACGGCGGCCACCACGGCCACGGGGGCCCGCCGCCCCCCUCCGACCCCGUGUCCGGCAUGACGCAGCUGCUGGAGGCCGCCACCAAGCUGGAGCCGCCCGAGCCCAGCGCCGGCGGCGGCUACCAGAUGCCGCCCUCCGCCGAGCACCAGCACCACCAGGCCGCGGCGGCGGCGGCGGCGGCGGCGGCGGCCCAGCAGGCGGCGGCGGCAGCCCAGCACGGGGAUCAGCAGCAGCAGCAACAACAGCACCAGCAGCACCAGCAGCAGCAGCAGCAGCAGCAACAACAGCAGCAGCAGCAGCAGGCGGCGGCGGCGGCCCACCUGGCGGCCCACGACCUGCACGCCGCCGCCGCCGCGCCGCCGCUGCACCCGUCCCUGCUGAAGGAGUACACGGCCUCGGCCUACCUGAAGGACUACUCCAAGGACUACGGCGCCUACCUCAAGGACUACGGCGGCCACCUCAAGGACUACGGCGACCCCCUUAAGAACUACCCGGCGCCCGCGCACCCCUUCAGCAUCACCUCCAUCAUCGCCGCCGAGAACAAGGACUCCUACGGCGGCUACCUCAGCCCCCUGCCGCCCGCCGCGCCGCCACCCUCCACGGGCGCCGCCACGCCCAGCCACCACGCCAUGGCCGACCACGGCGGCUACUACCCGCCGCCGCUCUACCACCACACCACCACCUCCCUCUGAUGAGGCGGCCGCGGCGGGCAC